CGGUAUUAAUAUUUCGUUUCCAAUAUACAAACAGGGAAUAACCACCGCCGUCUCCCUAGCUUUCCGCUCCACUUUCAAAUGGCCAGCGACGGCGCUCCACUUAUCAGUGAUACCACACACGCGCACGUUAUCUCCGCCGCCGAAGCCGACAACAAUGACCUGAAGCUCCUCCGCCUCGCCGUCCGCUCGCUGCCGCCACAAAUUCUCAAGGACUUGCUGUCCAAUGGCGUUUGCGCACGCUGUAUAAUUAAUCAAUUUGGUCUGCACGAGCAAAUAUGUUCUCGUCCUUCAGUUGCAACGCCUGUUUUGAGUGCGAUUCUUCAUGAAUCGGCAGAGCGUGGUGAUGAUGGAGCUAAUAGUAGUGUUGGGGAAAAUAAAGAUGCGAUUGAUGUAGAAAACGGAUUCCAGGAGGUUUGCAGGGUUUGUCUAGGCAUUUUGCAGUUCUUAUAUAUUGAUGACAAUGGAAUUUCAGUGAGAAAGAGUCAUGCUUGCGAUUUUGCUGCAGCAGUUGCGGACCCUGUAAAGCAAGGGGGCUAUCAAAUUGAUAGCUUCUCACUCCAAGUGUCCUUGCCCCCGAUUGUGGUCGAUAAUGAACAGGCAGUUUGGUCAUAUAUCAAAGAGAAGUAUAGUUCUGAAUCUUGGUUCACAGAAAAGUUUCCACUUGCAAGCAUUACAGUGAAAGAUUUUUUGAAAUUGUCUGUUGCAAAUCCUUUGGAGAAGUUAUUGGAUGUAAAAUGUAAUGACAAUUCAUUCCGAGUUCGAUUGACAUACACACUUUCUGAUGCAUCAGCUGAGAACAAGCCCUUUAAUGAGAGCAAUGGGUGCUAUAAGAGGAGGAAAAUAGAUGACACUGAUCUCUUGAAGAACUCUGCUGAUUUGCAAAAGGUUGAAAGUCAUGACCUCACUACAAAUUCUUCAACUGAGUGCAAAGAUGAUGAGACUGGUUUGUCAAAAUUCCCGCUAAAGAAGGUCAAUGAGUGCUGCUCCUUGGUUUUUCAAUGCUACAAGACUUCUGUUUAUGUUGGUGGGAGAUAUCUUAAGUACUCUAGAAACGUCAGCCAGUCACGCUGGAUUAUAGAUGAUGAACGAAUGGGCGAAGCAUCUGUUGAGGAAAUUAUUGGUAGCAACAUCCUCCCCAUCUGUCAGGGUGACAACUACAAGUUCCAUGCUGCUGGCAGAGAAGACAUUGAUGUGCGCAUGCUGGGUACUGGGCGACCUUUUUUGGUUGAGAUCCAAAAUGCACGUCAAUUCCCGUCUGAUCUGUUGAUAAAGAAGAUUGCAAUGAAGAUCAAUAGUUUGGAAAGCAAAUUUGUGCGAGUGAAGAAUCUUAGGUUUUUGGGUAGUCAGGGUUGGGAGCUGAUGCGUGAAGGAGAAGCAGAAAAACAGAAACAGUAUGUUGCACUAGUGUGGAUUUCUCGUCCCUUUGAAAAUGAAGAUGAGCAGAAAUUAUCAUCGUUCAAGGACCUGCAAAUUUUGCAGAAAACACCAGUAAGGGUUCUCCAUCGUCGAAGUCCACUAGAACGUGAGAAAACCAUACAUUGGAUGAAAAUAGAGAGGAUAGCUGGUAGUUCUCAAUAUUUCCUAUUGCACUUGUGCACUCAGGCGGGAACUUACAUCAAGGAAUUUGUUCAUGGGGAUCUUGGACGUACAUAUCCCAAUGUCGGUUCAAUCCUGGGAUGCAGAGCAGAAAUAUUGCAGCUUGAUGUCACAGAUGUGAAGAUGGAUUGCUUCCAGGCCUAAAGAGCGAAGGCAAUGCUACUGCUUUCCGACACCGUGUGCGUGUUCCUCUUGUUGUUGCUGGUGUUUGCUGUGCUAUCGUAGGAAGAUGGUGAUAGAACAGCAGCAACUUCAUGCUCCUUGGUGAGACUGCUGCCUUCAAAUUGCUUUGAUGUUUUCUCUGUCUUGGCCUUCCUUCUCUCUUUCUCCUCCUUUUCUGUUUCCUCACCCAGCUGUACCCACCAAUUUGUCAAAUUCAUUACAAUCCAAUAACAUUCCCAGGAAAAGCACAAUAUUUAAAAUUCUAGAAAUUUAUAAUCCUAACUGAUUAACAAUAAUAUUUCAUGAUCGAAUGAAAUAAGUAGUACUAACUUCUUUUUUGAAAGGAGUACUAUAUGAUUUAAUUA